CCCCCAUCGACCGGCUCGUACAUAAAACAUCCUCCAUUUAGUCUGGAAAUGCGUCGUUUUUCCUCAUUAACUUGAUUUAAUGACUUGUCGUUGGAAAAAAAGGGAAAUAUGCGUACUUCCUUAUAUAAAACAAAUUUUCACAAUUGUCAGAUAUUCUUGAUGUUGCACACCGCGUGAGGCUGUUGUUUACUGCUGGCUAAAUUCACACCGCAACAUCAGGAAGUAAGUUUUUCAGCACGACAACGUCAAUGCUGGACUUUAACUAGGCAAGUCAGUAAGGAAAACAUUCUUAUUUACAAUGACGACGGCCUACCAAAAGGCCUCCUGCGGGAGCUGGGAUUAAAAAUAUAGGACAAAACACACGUCAAGAGAGAUCUAAGACAACAUAGCAUGGCUGCAACACCACAUAACAACAUACAAACGUUAUUUGGCACGGACAACAGCAGCACAAAGGCAAGAAGUGUCCUAGACUAGUCUGACGUUGACCAGCCAUGUCUGACGCCCUGAAGAAGCGCAAGUCGAAGGUUCUCCGCAGCGAGAUGGGCACACCGGAGGUGAAACGUGGCCGUGGAGAGGGGGACCAGGUGAGCACUGGAGAGGAGAGGGGUGGACAGCAGGAUGUACGUGUGUAUAGUGAGGAGGUGGAGCUGGAUGGCAGGGACCCAGAGGAGGACUACCAGCAGUAUAAACUAACCUGUGAAGCUCUGGCCCAACUGAUGAACGAUAUCCAGGAGCUGAAAGCCAACGGCGCCAAGGAUGGGUGUGCUGAGGUAGAACAGAAGAGGAUGCAGAGCUGUAUCCACUUUAUGAGUCUGAAGAAACUCAACCGCCUGGCUCACAUGAGACUGAAGAGGGGGAGAGACCAGACGCAUGAGGGCAAGCAGAGAGUAGAUGUGUUGCACCUGCAGCUCCAGAACCUGCUCUAUGAGGUCAUGCACCUGCAGAAGGAGAUUAGCAAGUGUCUGGAGUUCAAGUCAAAGCAUGAGGAGAUAGAUCUUGUGAGUGUAGAUGAGUUCUACCAGGAGGCCCCCCCUGAGGUAUCCCGCACCCCCCUCACCAAGGACGACACCCACCAACUCACGCUGGCCAGGCUGGACUGGGAACUGGAGCAAAGGAAGAGGCUGGCUGAGCAGUACAAGGAGUCUCUCUCCAGUAAGGAGAAGAUCCAGAAAGGCAUUGAGGUGAAGAAGGAACACCUGAGUUCUCUACAGCCUGGACUCAACGCUAUCAUGCAGGCAUCCCUCCCAGUCCAGGAGUAUCUCUCCAUGCCAUUUGAACAGACCCAGAGACAGACCGAGAUCGCCCGCCACCUUCCCACCUCUCUCUAUGUCCUACUGGUACAGGCCAGUGCUUACGGACAGGCCUGCGAUAAGAGCCUGAGUGUGUCCAUCAGUGGAGACGUGGACGAGGCCAAAGCUCUGUCUAAACCUCCAGAGGACUCCCAGGAUGAUGAUUCUGGGGAUUCUGAUGCAGAGGAGGAACAGGAGAAAACGAAGAGGAGGAGACCUACUACAGGUGGACAGCUGGAUGAUAAGAGACGUGAAAUGCUGAAGAGACACCCUCUAUCCCUCUGCCUAGACCUCAGAUGCAAAGACGGCAGUGUGCUGCAUCUGUUCUUCUACUACCUGAUGAACCUGAACAUCAUGACUGUCAAGGCCAAAGUCUCCACCGCCACAGAUCUCACUGGAGCCAUCAGCGCCGGGGAGCUGUUAAACUCUGGCACGCUGCUCAACUGCCUGUAUGCCAACGACCAGGGGUGCGAAACGCCCAACCCCUCUAACCGCUACCAGUUUGAUAAAGUGGGGAUCAGUUCAUUUGGAGAUUACGUGGCAGAAAUGGGUCAUCCCUACCUGUGGGUGCAGAGUCUGGGAGGACUGAAGUUCCCCAGUGAUGCCCCAGAGGGUUUGCAUGCAGGCAGUUCUCUGAGUGCCAGUCACAUGGAAAGCACCAUGAAGCUGCUGAGAGGACGAGUCCUGUCACGCAUGGCCCUGCACAAACAGUUCUCCUCACUAGAGCACAGUAUUGUUCCAGUGUCCAGUGAGUGCAAGCACCUGUUCCCUGCUAAGGUUCUCUCUCGCCUGGCUCGCUGGACUACCAUCACACACCAGGAGUACACGAAUCUGGUGUUCACGCAGCAUGUGUCAGAAGCAGGUCUGGCUCGGGAAACUGACCUCUUCUUCAUGGCCGUGUUGGAGAGAGGAACAGCUCGUCUUCAGGCUGCGGUGGUGUUGAACCCCCGUUACCCAGUCAUUUCUCCUCUCUUCGCUGUCUCAAUCAGCUGGAAGGGGGAGCGCAGUGGACGUACUGACGACAACCUUCGAGCCAUGGAGAGUGAGGUGAACGUUUUCAAAUCAGAGCUCCAGGGGCCCCGCCCAGGCCACCAGCUGCUGACCAAUCAGGUAGCUCGUCUGGGUGUCUGUCUGGAUGUGUACCUGGAAACUGAUGGACAGGACGACAGUGUGGAGGGACCACGGGAGUUCCCCAGAGAGAAGAUGUGUCUACGCACUGUCAGGGGUCCGAACCGUCUGAAGCCAUUCAAGUACAACCACCCCCAGGGCUUCUUUAGUCACCGCUGACCUCUCCUUUACCCCUUUCCCUUCACCCCUGACCCCCUCACACCAGAUCUCUUACCCUACCUCGAGGCUUCUUCAGUCACCAGGGACUCCUGAAUUUACCCUCUGUCAUGCCCCCUGCCCUCAUAUCCCCAUAUCUUGUUUAACACACUGUUUGACACAUUCUGUGUGUCGGUUGGUUAAUAAAAAGCUAGUGAUCUUGUUUGGAUCUGCAA